GGGGGUGUCACAUUACUCGGAAGCCCACACAUUCACUUUGCCUUCGCUUUAGACCUCUGUGCUGUAACUUGCAAGGGACGUCGAGGAGGAGGGUGUACAUAAGCAGGACAGAGCUCGCCCGCCGUCCCACGGAGGACGAGACGAGGCCGCGGCCACGGGGAUGGCGUCCAGGUGCUUCUUCCCCAGGGACGCGGCCGCGGACGCCCGGCACCAGUCGAAGGCGGCGGCGGCCGCGCUCGAGCAGCUGAACCACGGCGGCCGCCUCCUGUCCCGGGAGGACGUCGGCGGCGCGGUGCGCGUCAAGAUCGUCGUUAGCAAGCGCGAGCUCAAGCAGAUGGUCGCGGCGCUCGGCGACGGCGCCGGCGCGGUGACCGCGGCCGCCACCGCCGCGGCGGCAACCAGCGAGCGGCACCGGCAGCGCGCGGCGGGGGCCGGGCCGGGCGCCGAGCAGAGGCUGCAGUCGCUGCGGCGGCGCAGCAUGCGGCGGGCGGCCGAGGCGGCGCGCCGGAUGCAGGCGAACGGGGAGUGGGAGCCCGGCCUGCAGAGCAUCCCCGAGGAGGUCUACUGAUGAUAACCACCGCUAGUAGAUGAUGGGUGGCGUCCGCUGAUGGCUAGUAAUCUCUUGACUAAUUAUGGGUUUGGGUACGUUUUGAUCACCGCUAAGUGCUAGAUGUAUGUGUACAGCGCUGUUUUGCUCCGGACCCUGCUUAUCAUGGGCUCCAAUGGCUGCUUAAUCGUCCUCCGCGAGUUUGUGCAUUUUGCCCUGUGAUUUUUUUUGGUGUGAACCAAGCAAAGAGGGAGGAAAGAGAUGUGUUUUGGACCUUGGGUUGGGUCAUCACAAUGCAAGUGCUGACGGUUGAUGAACUGAUCUCAAUUUUGGCAUCCAACCUGCUGUGAAUGAUGGAUGGUGUGAGCAGGUUGUUCAGGGGGUAGCAAGCUGCCAGGAUUGCUUCUGUUUUUUCUCUCGUCUGGCAGUGAGAUUUUACUUUGUCGCCAUUCCAUGCCACUGUGAACCCGUGAUGAAACGGUGAACUGUGAAACCGGCAUGUGUACAUGUACUAUUUACUGUGGAUAAAUAGUUUAGGUGUUCGGUUGUUUUGCCU